AUGGCCGGCCUAAGUACCAAACGCCUCCGUAUCGGCGUCGACGUUGGCGGCACCAACACAGACGGCGUAAUCAUCGACCCGACGCAGUCCACGUCGUCGCCCAACAAGGGCAUCCUGGCGCACCACAAGGCGCCGACGACCACGAACCCGAGCGACGGCAUCAAUGCGGCCAUCACGCACAUGUUCACUGCGUCAGACCCGCCCAUCAACCCAGCGGACGUCGCCUCGGUGACGAUCGGCACGACGCACUUCGUCAACGCCGUCGUGGAGCGGGACGCCGCGCGGCUGUGUAAAGUGGCCGUCCUCCGGCUCGCGGGCCCCUUUGGCAAGCAUGCGCCGCCGUGUGUGGACUGGCCGGACGACAUGCGCUACCUGGUGCUCGGGUACUGGGCCAGCGUUGAGGGCGGGCUGGAGGUCGACGGGGUGCUCAUCCGGGACCUGGAUGAGCUUGCAAUCAGGGAAGAGUGCCUGAUUAUCAAGGAGAAGGGCAUCCGGGCCGUGGUUGUCAAUGGGGUCUUCAGUCCUAUCGACACGGUGUACCGGCAGGAGGAGCGGGCCGCCGAGAUUGUGCGCGAGGUUCUUGGCGCAGACGUCGAUGUGGUGCUGAGCAAGGAGGUUGCAAAUCUUGGCUUCCUGGAGAGGGAGAACGCCGCGAUCCUCAACGCUGCCAUCUUGCCGUUUGCGCGCAGGACAAUCAGGUCGUUUCAGGAACCGGUGCGGAAGCUCGGGUUAGACUGCCCCGUUUUCAUCACGCAGAACGACGGCACCCUUCUUGCAGGGGAGAUUGCUGCGAGGCUGCCCAUCAGGACGUUCAGCAGCGGGCCGACCAACUCGAUGCGCGGAGCGGCCUUUCUUAUACAGGGCGAGGAACAACAGGAAGGCCAGGCCAUGAUGGUGGUUGACAUCGGCGGGACAACGACAGAUGUCGGGCUGCUUCUCGCCAACGGCUUCCCGAGGCAGCAGGCGGCUUACAGCGAGCUCGCUGGCGUUCGGAUGAAUUUCUCAUGCCCCGAUAUCAAGAGUAUCGGCCUCGGAGGCGGGUCGAUUAUCCGUAAAGGAGCAAACGGCAGGCCAACGACGGUAGGCCCGGACUCUGUUGGGUACAAGCUCACAGAAGAAGCGGUCGUGUUUGGGGGGAGCGUGUUGACGACGACGGAUGCAACAGUCCUGGCCAGACCUGACGUUAAAGUCGGUGACCGGUCCCUUGUUCAAGGGAAGCUGUCCAGUGCUGAGCUGAGCGAGACCAGAGCCAUCAUCAAGCAGAAGCUAGAGAAGGUUAUUGAUAUGAUGAAGACUUCUCCGGAGGACCUGCCUGUACUGCUUGUCGGUGGAGGAGCUGUGAUAUCUCCGGAUGAUCUGAAAGGUGCAAGCAAGGUCCUGAAGCCCCGUUACUCGGAAGUGGCCAAUGCCAUUGGAGCAGCCAUGGCGAGAGUCAGCGCCGUGGUUGACACGGUAAAGUCCACCGAGAGCAAGUCGACACAAAAGCUUUUGGAGGAGAUCUCUGCGGAGGCCGCCGAGAAGACAGUGGCCGCUGGUGCAUCACGAGAAUCUGUGAAAGUGGUCGAGAUGGAGACCCUGCCACUGCAAUAUAUUGCAAACAAGACACGCUUCAUCGUCCGUGCUGCCGGUGAUUUUGACUUUUCCAGGACAGACCUCGCCAUGGUCCCACACACAAGCGAUGAAGAGUCGUCGGCUCUGAACAACAUGGACCAGUAUGAGAAGAAAGCCCAAACGGACGGGGACACACCUGGUAGUAUCAACGGCGCGGAAAAGCCAGAACAUCAACGAAAGACCAUGGACAUCGAUCCGAGCACAUACCGGCCAACUGUCAAAAACCGCGUCUGGUUCAUCAACGAGAACGACGUAACCUGGAUCAGCACAGGCUGCUACAUCCUAGGCACCGGCGGCGGCGGCUCCCCCUACUCGCACAUGGUCCGACUGCGCCAGCUCCUGCGCGCAGGCGCCGUCGUGCGCGUGGUCUCCCCCGACGACCUACAGGACACAGACCGAGUCGGCUGCGGCGGCGGGAUGGGCAGCCCGACAGUGGGCAUCGAGAAGCUCGCGGGCGACGAGAUGAUGCAGGCGCAGGCGGAGCUGGCCAAGGUGCUGCGGGCCGACGGCCGCGCGACGCACAUGAUCGCGCUCGAGAUCGGCGGCGGCAACGGGCUGCAGGGCAUGAUCCUGGGCGCCUCGGCCAACAUGGACCUGCCCUGCGUCGACGGCGACUGGAUGGGGCGCGCGUACCCCACCAAGUGGCAGACGACGCCCGUGGUGUUCAACGAGCGGCAGCCCGUCUUCUGCCCGCUGUCCAUGUGCGACGGCAACGGCAACACCAUCAUCAUGACCAGCGCCACGUCGGACCUGCAGGUCGAGAGGGCGCUGCGGGCUGCCAUCAGCCAGAUGGGCUCGCACGCCGGGUGUGCGGAGGGGCCUGUGUCUGGCGCCGAGACGAGGCGGUGGGCCGUCGAGCACACCAUAUCUGCGGCGUGGAGGAUCGGCAGGGCCGUCGAGAAGGCCAGGCGGGCGAACAUGGUUGAUGAGGUUGCGGAUGAGAUCGUCAAGGAGGUUGGGGGGAGUGGCGCGGCUAAGGUUCUGUGGAAGGGCAAGAUAGUGGGUGUCACGAGGACACUGAGGAUGGGACAUGUCUAUGGGGAGUGUCUGAUUGAGGGCAUGGACGUGGCCGAGGCCAAGGAAGGGGAUACUGGCGCCUUGAAUCGUAAGCCGGGCAGAAGCCGGUUCGAGGGUGUGAUCAAGAUCCCGUUCAAGAACGAGAACAUUGCUGCGAUCAAGGUACACAAACAAGACAAGGAGGACGGUGACUACGAGGCUCUGGAGAAGCAGGAGGAUGUUCUCUGCAUUGUGCCUGAUCUGAUCUCGGUCAUUGAUGCCCAGAACGGAGAGGCUAUUGGGACUCCGGAGUAUAGAUACGGCCUUCUUGUCACUGUUCUGGGAAUCGCCGCAAGCGACAGGUGGACAGGCUCCGAGAGGGGUGUUGAGAUUGGUGGCCCAGAGGGAUUUGGCAUACAUCACCUGAAGUACCAGCCACUUGGCGAAUUUGUCAAACCUGUCAGUGUGAUAGACGAGUUUGACACAAGGGGCUAA